AUGCAUCAAGUUUGUACAUAUGUAGCCUUGAGCUACUGUUGGGGUCAUGACCCGUCCUACGUGACAAAACAGGAUACUCUACUAUCACGGUUGACGCGCAUAUCCUACAAUGACUUGCCAAGAACAUUUCAACAUGCAGUCACAGCAACUCGAAAUCUGGGGUAUCGUUACUUAUGGCUAGAUGCUCUUUGUAUCGUUCAAGAUUCUGUGCAAGAUUGGGAGCGAGAAUCACAAAAGAUGGGCGUCAUAUACAGUCAGGCU